AGUAGUGGUUGUUAUUAUGUUACAAUUUUAUUUGUGAUGAUUGAUAACAAUAAUUUGUAGAUAUUUUCCUCAUACUGUAUCUUAGAUAUGUUAUGUGGCAAUAUUAGAAGAUGCGAAUUUAAAUCCAAGUUAGUCCAGAUAGGAGUUAAUACAUUAUGAAAAGUCUAUGUUCAAUUAAUCGAGAAAAAUGGCUCGUGAAGGUUAUGAUAGUGUGAAAAUGGAAAACAUCUUUGGACUAAAUAAACUAUUGAAACAGCGUGCUUGACCUUCAACAUUUUACAUAAGAUAAUUUAUCUCAUGCUGCAGCAAAGAUGACACACGUAACAAGAAAGUGGGAAUUAUUUCCUGGAAGGAACAAAUUUUGCUGUGAUGGGAGAAUUAUGAUGGCUCCUCAGACAAGUGUAUUUUUUGUUACUGUUGGGCUGAUUGUGGGAACAUGUUCCCUAUUUUUUAUAUUCGAUUGUCCAUUCCUAGCAAUGAGGAUCACGCCGGCCAUCCCUGCUGUAGGGGCGUUGCUGUUCGUCUUCGUCAUGUCAGCUUUGCUGCGGACCAGCUUCAGUGACCCAGGAGUGAUACCUCGGGCAACUCCGGAUGAAGCUGCUUACAUUGAGAAACAGAUCGAAGUAUCCAAUUCCGCCAAUUCCCCGACAUUCAGGCCUCCUCCUCGGACCAAGGAGAUCCUGGUCAGAGGACAGACAGUAAAGCUUAAGUAUUGCUUCACAUGCAAGAUCUUCCGGCCACCCAGAGCAUCUCAUUGUAGUCUUUGUGAUAACUGCGUAGAGAGGUUUGAUCACCAUUGUCCAUGGGUUGGCAACUGUGUGGGCAAGCGCAAUUACAGAUACUUCUACAUGUUCAUCGUCUCAUUGGCAUUCCUUUGUGUCUUCAUCCUAGGCUGUUCACUCACACACCUUAUUCUCUUGACGAAAGAGGACAGGUUGUUUUUUGAAGCAGUGAAAGAAUCACCUUCGAGUGUGAUUGUUGUUGUUGUGUGUUUCUUCAGUGUAUGGAGCGUGUUAGGACUCGCCGGUUUUCACACGUACCUUACAACUUCCAACCAAACAACCAAUGAAGAUAUAAAAGGUGCAUUCACGUCCAAACGGGGUCAAGCCAGCUUCAACCCGUACAGCUAUGGGAAUGUUUGUUCCAACUGCUGUCAUGUGCUGUGUGCCCCCUCCCCACCUAGCCUCAUCGAUCGCAGAGGUGUGGUGACUACAGAGUUCCUAGACUCAGACACCCGGCCUGGAGCUGUCAUAGCCAACAACCGGACGUACGGGUCAUUACCACAAGUUGUACAGAAUGGAGUGACUGUCUUGCAGCCACUUCCCAGUGAUACGAGCCCCAGCCCGGAGAUGCCGAGUCCGCCACUGCCCCCCACCAUUCCCCACGUGCCAGCGGUGUGCAGCGCAGUCGCACCUUCCAUCAACGGUAGUGACUGUGGAAGUAUGCUGCUCAGUGGGGACAUGCCCGGUAUUUACGAGAGCGUUUGCGAUCAAGUUAUCAUCUCAAACCCAGAUCUUGUGAAACCGUCUGAAGAGCCAAAGAUGGAUCUGUCGGAACUAGAUCUCUACUUGGACGAUGUGGUGGUCUCGGCCGGUCUGGAACCCGACACAACAUCACUAGUCCCACUAUCUGCCAGUAGGCUGCGUCUUCUGCAAGACACGACUAUGAUAGAGUCUGCGCUGGACUUGGACUCCCUGGAGGAAUCCACUUCAUCAGUUGGUGCCGGAAGUCAAGCCGGCCUUAUAAAGAGGAAAGAUAAUUUGUAAUGUAAGUAGAAGUAGCGUGAUGUGUUCAUGCUGAAAUUCCCACUAUAAGGUCUAAAAUUACUUUUUCCUUCCACUGCAUGGAAAUGAUCACAUUGCCACACUUGUAAACAGUACGCAAAAUUGCUCAUUUCCGUUUUAUUUGUUCUCGCUCAUGUUCGUGAGCAGUAAUGGCCAUUCCUGCUCGUUAAAUCAGCUGAUUUCACUGUUGAUGUUUCUAUAAAAAACUUACAUUUGGUGGAAUGGGCACACGGGAGGGACUAAGGCUAAAGGUGUAGUGACGUCAUAUCGCUAGUGGCUAAUGUCUUCUCUUGAGGCAACACGAUUACCGUAACGAAACAACAUGAUUUCAGCGGCGUUCGUGGCAUAGUUGGUAGCGUUACGGAUUGGUGUUCAGGAUGUUCCGUGUUCGAAUCCCGCUGGCGGCAUUAACUUUUUGUCAACAAAUUUUUCAUAUCAGCAAGUUUGGUUGGUUAGGUUAGGUUAUGAUAGUUUAAUUUUAUAAUACUAAAUUUUAAAAUUAAUUUUAUUAAUAAUUAAAAAUUAUAAGUAAUCAUUUAAUAAGAUUUUUAUCUUAUAGUUUUUAUAUUAUCAGCAAGUCUGGUUGGU